CGGAAUGAAUGGACGCAGUGAUGCACUGAGGUGCUUUUGCUUCCAUCUGUUCAACAUGACAUGAACUUCUCAGCUCAGGAUUCCAGCCGCUCGUUCUCCUCCUCACGAAUUCCCGCCGCUGCUGGUCGCCAUGGCAACAAGGAUGAAGCUGAAGCUGAAGACGGUGUUCGUGCUCUACUUCAUGGUCUCCCUCCUGGGCCUCGUCUAUGCACUGAUGCAGCUGGGUCAACGCUGCGACUGCACGGAGCAUGACCUGCCCAAAGACCGUACCAUAUCUCGGCUGCGGGGGGAGCUGCACCGUCUUCAGGAGCAGAUGAGGAAGUCGGAGGCGACCAAACAGCCCAACAAACAGGAAGUCAAGCCCUCUCUGCAAACCAUCUUUGUCAUCACCCCAACAUAUGCAAGGCUGGUGCAGAAAGCUGAGCUUACUCGUUUGUCCCAGACGUUCCUCCACGUUCCUCAAAUCCACUGGAUUGUGGUGGAAGACUCUCCUCAUAAGACGCCGCUGGUGUCAGACCUCCUGGUGAAGAGCGGCCUGUCCUUCACACACUUGCACAUGCCCACUGCCAAGGACCGCAAACUCCAGGAGGGUGAUCCCAGCUGGCUGAAGCCCCGUGGAGUCGAGCAGAGGAAUGAGGGUCUACGGUGGCUCAGAGAGGACAGAAGGGCUCAGCCAGGUGGCGAUAACCAGCAGGGAGUGGUUUACUUCGCGGAUGACGACAACACAUACAGCCUGCAGAUAUUUGAAGAGAUGAGGAGUACCCAGCGAGUAUCUGUGUGGCCUGUGGGGCUGGUCGGAGGGAUGAAAUAUGAGAGGCCAGUGAUUGAAGGAGGAAAAGUGAUUCGCUUCCACACCGGCUGGCGUCCUAGUCGCCCCUUCCCCAUGGACAUGGCCGGGUUCGCUGUGUCCCUCAAACUGAUCCUGGCCAAUCCUGAGGCUUGUUUCGAUGGAGAGGCACCAAUGGGCUUCCUUGAAAGCAGCUUUCUUCAGGGAUUAGUUACCAUGGAUGAACUGGAGCCCAAAGCGGACAACUGCUCGAAGGUGCUGGUGUGGCACACGCGGACAGAGAAACCGAAGAUGAAGAGAGAGGAUGCUCUGCAGGCUCAGGGACUGGGUUCAGACCCUGCUGUGGAGGUCUGAGGAACACACACACACAGAAACGCGUACAGACACACACACACGCACCCACACAUUGUUAUUUCAUUCUGCUGUUCGAUGCUGCAUAUGCAGCCCUGCCUUGUAAAUACUGUAAAACUGAAAAUAUCUGUAAGAGGCGAUAUUUAAAUUAAUCUGGUUAUGACUGUUUCUGUGUCUGUUUGUUCUGUCGCGUAGUCAAAUUUGUGUGUGUGUGUGUAUAUAUUGAAUGAGUGUGUGUUAUUGUAACUGUAUGUUAGUGUGUAUAUUUAUAUAUAUAUAUAUCAGGGUUUUCUUUUGUUUUAGUUAGUGAGAAAUGUUUCUUUAGCAGUAUAGAGAAUGAGUUCAAACAUUUGCCUGAUGGGGGCGCCAGUUUUUACAUCUUUGCAAAGCCAUGCACUUGCACCCCUGGUACAUUUCAAGGAACGGGCUGUCUUAUUGAAAAGAUUUGUCAGUUUCACUCAUUCCUGGCAGCAGUUGGAUAUUUUUUACAGCUGAGUAACAUCAUGUCUGGUUCCAUCCGUGUCUACGUUCACUCUGUUGAUUGCAUCUGUCCUCAGCUUUUAUCAGUUCAAACAUCUUGACUGAUUCUCUCACUGAGACGUGGUGGAAGUGGAACAUUUCUUCAUGCAUGGCCUCUAUUGUUGUGUAAUAAGUAGCCGUAAGUCUGCAUUCAGCCUUAAGAGCUGUGUUUUUAGUCACAUGACAAAAAAAAUGACAUCACCAUCAGAUGCAUGAUCAUAUUAUUUAUACAUAUUAUUGUGGGGCAAAGGUGCUUCUUUAAUUUUUUUCUAGGUAAACAAGAUACGGGACACAAACAGUCACACAAAAACAAAACAGGAAACAAAUCCUAGUGACUAGUUGUUGCCUUGUGUUUAUUAUGCCCUCAUACCUCAAACUUUGCGACACUAAUCCAACACAAACAUAACAAACACAGAGAGGCAAUGGCCCCACACCCACAUACGUAACACAACAGCUUCUUCUCACAAGUAUUUAUAUGUGACUGCUUCUCGUGAUGCUGUUUAGAAACAUAGUUUGUGGAAUCCAUCAAGAACAGCACCACUGAUGCACAUUUAAGUCCUUUAUGCAAUAACACAAUUCAAAACAUGGCGUCCAUGUUACAUUUGCACUUGAAUUUCCCUUAAAUAGGAAUAUUAUUUUACACUUGCAGUAUUUUGAGAAGAAAAAGCUUUUAUGUAUAUAUCCAACUACUCUGUGGGCUUGAUUAUCUUUCACGACAUCCUCAGAUAUCAAACAUCAUUUCUCCUCCCCUACUGUUGUAAUAUACUCUAAAAACAGCUAGUGUCUGCUUCUGUAUAAUUAGUGCCUGUAAGUCAGUUCUGCACUGGUGUAUAAUGUAUUUAUUACUGUAAUAUUCUCUUCUGCGUAUAUGAUCAUGUCUGUACGUACUCUGCAAAAUAAACCUAGUUGCUUGAAA